AUGGCCAAAGACAACUAUCAAGCAACACCUCCUCAAGCUCGCCCCAUUCGUCUUCAUAAACGGUCCGCGCCGCAGCGAAAACAACCAUCCGUGUACCAAAUCGCGGUGCUCGCAAACACCUUGCACGGACUGCAAUCGCAAUACCAUUUAUGGGACGCCAAUCGCUACCAUUUCUCGGGCAUGCUUUACACCAUUCUCAAGGAGCUUUAUCAUCCUCAUGAAACUGUUAUGCGGGUCCGUUAUGAAAUCUGGAAGCGCACUGGCAUACCCUUGUUCUCUCCGCCACCUAUCGAAACCAUAUUGUCCGUCAUUGAUGAUUACCGUGUUGAUCUCGAAAACUUCGAGGCCGAGGUUCAAGAAAGACACAACAAGAAUCAAGUUGAGGCCGAGGUGAGGGCUGAACAAGCAGAAGCGAGAGUUAAAGCGCUAGAAGAAGAGUUGAAGGCGUACAAGAACGCACAGAAGUAG